CGCGUGUCAUCUGUGUGAAUCACCAAAAACCACAAUCGUCAAUCUCAGCAAAAAGAAAACAAAUACAGAGAGAGAUGGCGACGACAACAGCAGAGGCAACAAAGACAUCUAGUACUAAUGUAGAAGACAAGCAAUCACAGAAUCUCCGACAUCAAGAAGUCGGCCACAAGAGUCUCUUACAGAGCGACGAUCUCUACCAGUAUAUUCUGGAGACAAGUGUGUAUCCAAGAGAACCAGAAUCAAUGAAGGAACUCAGGGAAGUGACAGCAAAACACCCUUGGAACAUAAUGACCACGUCAGCAGACGAAGGACAGUUUCUGAACAUGCUCAUCAAGCUCGUUAACGCCAAGAACACAAUGGAGAUCGGUGUUUACACUGGCUACUCUCUCCUCGCCACCGCUCUUGCUCUCCCCGAAGACGGCAAAAUUCUGGCUAUGGAUGUUAACAGAGAGAAUUACGAAUUGGGUUUGCCGAUCAUCGAGAAAGCCGGCGUUGCUCACAAGAUCGAUUUCAGGGAAGGCCCUGCUCUACCUGUUCUUGAUCAACUUGUUGCUGACGAGAAGAACCAUGGAACAUAUGACUUUAUUUUCGUUGAUGCUGACAAGGACAACUAUAUCAACUACCACAAGCGUUUGAUUGAUCUUGUGAAAGUUGGAGGAGUGAUUGGCUACGACAACACUCUGUGGAACGGUUCUGUCGUGGCUCCUCCUGAUGCUCCGAUGAGGAAGUACGUUCGUUACUACAGGGACUUUGUUCUUGAGCUUAACAAGGCUCUUGCUGCUGACCCUAGGAUUGAGAUUUGCAUGCUCCCGGUUGGUGAUGGAAUCACUAUCUGCCGUCGGAUCAGUUGAUUCAUAUGGAAUACCCCCAACCCUAUGAGUUUGUCCCAAGUGGUUCAAUUCUUCUCUCUCUAGUACCCUACCUUUCAAAUGCAUUUUCACCAACUACCACCAAAUUGGACCACUCCCUUUGUAUUUUGUUAAGUAAUAUCUCCAUUGUCUUUUGUUUUUGCUUUUCUUCUGAACAAAGAAAUAAUGUACCCUGCCUUUCUUGUUUCGUUUGUUUUUACUUUAUGAUACAACAUCUAAAAGAAUAUAUCACUCA